UCGCCUGGGGUGGGGAUGGGGUCCCCCGAGACCUCCCAGCUCUGGCUGCGUCCUCGGCGCUCCGGACCUGGGCCUCUCCCGUCCCGGGGAGUUUGGGAGGCCAGCCUGGGCGUCGGGGCGGGGGUGGGGGGCUUGACAUCUGGACAUGCGGGGCUUUGUCGCCAAAGGAAGUGCGACAUCGCCGGCUGCCCGGGUCCCCCAGGGCCCGGACCCACCCCCGCCACUGUGGGCCACCACCUGCCCCUGGGAGUGAACAGCCCCGUCUCUCCGGUGCCCAGGGCCUGUCCCUGUGAAAACGAGGAUUUUUUGAAAGGCUUGCCUGUCUACAACAAGAGCAAUUUUAGUCGAUUCCAUGCUGACUCCGUGUGCAAAGCCUCGAACCGCCGUCCCUCAGUCUACCUGCCCACGCGGGAGUACCCUUCUGAACAGAUCAUCGUGACAGAAAAGACAAACAUCCUCCUGCGCUACCUACAUCAGCAAUGGGACAAAAAGAACGCUGCCAAGAAGAGAGACCAGGAACAAGUGGAGCUUGAAGGAGAGAGCUCAGCACCGCCCCGCAAGGUGGCUCGGACCGACAGCCCAGACAUGCACGAGGACACUUAAGACUCACUCCGCACGGGGCCGUGCCCUGUCUGCUCCUCGAUCGCCUGCCCACCUGCCCACGUGUGUAAGCGCCCCGCCCGCCCCCGCCGGCCCCCACGCCCCGCCGUCCACACCAUCCCCGCCCUCAUAGGAGCCGAUGUAUUUAUUUUCCUCGAGUUUUUAUUUAUGCUGUGACACGUAUCAAGCGUUGGUUAAAGGGGACGUCAGGCCCAGCAGUGUGAUGUUGGUAGAUGCUUUUCAGAGGAAACUAUAGCGUUGUUCCUCACCCUCCCCGCCACCCGGCCACUCCCCCACCCGUUCUCCCCGAGAACCAGAGUGUGUCCGGGGGUCUGGCGCGGGGCUGCGCCGCGGCCGGCGGGCGGCAGGGCGGGGCCGGGCGCAGCUCGCCUGGACAGCUGAGCAGCCUCCCCCCCGCCCACCGGUCCAGGCCUCUGAGACUCGGCCUAGACUCACGUCCCACCGGGAACUAUUCCGUGCCCAGGCCUCACUCUGAGCGUGCGUGCGUGCGGGGAGCAUCGGCCUUUCCGGAUCUUUCUCCCAAGUCAUUUUAUCAUGGACUAGUGCGUGCUCCGUGUCCACCCCAAUAAAAGGAUCUUUCCUACUCGA